CGCGCCUCCGAGGAGGAGGAGUUGGUGGUUGCGGGUGGCCCGGCCUCUGCGCUUGUUGUUCAGGUUGUCUCCGGCAUGGAGCAUCCCCGAUGCUUUAGGGCCGUGCAGGGGCUGUUGCGGAGCUGCUACGCGGAGGUGUUGCCGUUAGAAGCCUUCGUACAGCGCUUGCAAGAGGGAGUCCAGGUUGGAGGCCAGUUGGAGGCGUUGGUCCAAAACGGGGACCCCAAGUGCUAUCGGAGCCUGGUGGGUCGGUGUGUGGUAGGGCUGCCGGCCGAGUGCAAGGCUCCUCCGCAACUCACCUUCCAGCAGGUUUCUAGCCAGAAUGAUGUCGUUGCAAGAGUCAUUCAGAGAAUUUGUGAGAAGAAGAAGAAGAAGAAUGUCCUGGCAUUUGGCUACACGCUUUUGGAUGAGAAUAAGCACCAGGUGCCCUCCAUGCCAAAUAUUUGCAGCUGCCUACCCAAUAAUACAACAGAAAUUGUUCGCCAGAAUGUUCUCUGGGAAAUAGUCCUGAGCAGAGUCGGGGACGAUGUCAUGAUGUAUGUGUUGGAGCACUGUGCUCUCUUUAUGCUUGUACCUCCUAGUUGUUGUUAUCAGAUCUGUGGGCAGCCUGUCUAUGAACUUACUUCAAGUAAUGUGGUGCCCUCUGUUAAGUUCCUCAGACAGAGCUAUUCUAGGCGAUCCCGCGGUGUCUUGUCCAGCUAUCUGCAAAGAAGGUUUCCGUCUCAUAGGAAAUACCUCGCAAAGGCAAAAAGGAACUCUAGGAGGCCAAGACGGAACAGAACACAAGAUUCUGACGGUCCUCCAUCUUCUUUAAUGGUUCGGAGAGCUACUGCGCAGGACCCUACAAGGAACAAACCAGUGACAAGGAGCAGUGACUAUGCAGAGAACCUGCAGAGGGAUGGACAGGGGCCAUCACUUACAAGGCCAUUGCUUAAAAGGAAAUGGAGGAGUAGGUAUGAAAUUGCCCCUAAGAGAAUGAAAAUCAUGCAAGUGGAGGAAGCUUUAGAAGAGGAAACAAAAAACACAGGUCCCACUCAAAGCAAAAAUCAAUUGAUUCUAGAUGUUGAUGGAGGUAGUGCAUCUGGAAGACCUGUAAGGUCGUAUUCAGUGGCUGGAUUAAAUCCUACAAAGUCUGUUCCUCAGAGGAGUGAUCAUGGGCCACAGAUAUCUGCCAUACCUUAUACAGCUCUUGAUAAUCAGAAGUUUGCUGUAUGUGGUAAAACAUUCAAGCUAGGUAGUGAGGAUAAAACAUUAGGUGGAUCUAGCACCAAAACAAAAUUCAACACUUGGCUGCCAAAGCUAGAAAUGGGCAAUUCCAAUGUUAAAUCUGUACAGAUGGCGGCAGCAGAAAGAAGCCUUAAAACGUAUACUUCUAAAUCCAUUUGGGAGUCUUCUGAUAAAAUUUCUACUCCUGUGCCUAUUAAGAGGCACACUUUCUUGUAUUCUCACCGGCAGCUGAAAGAGCGUUUACCUAAAUCAUUUGUCCUGAAUCACCUAAAGGGCUAUUUGGCAGGGGGUCGGCGGCUUAUAGAAACAAUAUUCUUUGGCAGUAAGAUUCCAAAGCAACCUACCCGCCCAAAUCCUCCAAGUUGCAACUGGAGAAAGAAGAGACUUCCAAAACGCUACUGGCAGAUGAGAAAUGUGUUCCAAGAACUGUUGCACAACCACAUAAAGUGCCCUUAUUUGGUACUAUUGAAAAAGAAUUGUCCCAUUUGGAUUUCUGAAUCAGACAAAACCAGCACAGUAGGACAACGUUGCAAACCAACAGGCCUUCAAGAGAGAAGUUUUUCAAGGACGCCGGGGGCUAACUCUGUGGAAGAGUGCCUCAGGAGCAUACCUGGUGGUUUUGGUCAAUUCCUGGAAGAUUCUAGCAUUUCAGGCAAAAUCUCUGAAAAGGCUGAGUUGAGUCUAAAAGAAACUAAGCAGCAAACCCACAAAGACUCCUCCAGUUCCAGGUUAAUGGUAUUGCUUAAGCAGCAUAGCAGCCACUGGCAAGUGUAUACUUUUGUGAGGGAAUGCCUAGAGAGAGUGGUACCUUCUGCACUCUGGGGUUCUAACCGUAACAAAUGCCGCUUCUACAAAAAUGUGAAAAAAUUCAUCUCCUUGGGAAAGUUUGCUACAUUUUCUUUACAGGAGUUAAUGUGGAAGAUGAGAGUGAGCGAUUGCACUUGGCUUCGUCUUACCAAAGAGGACGGCCACUUUGUUCCUGCCUCUGAACAUCGUUUUCGUGAAGAUCUGAUGUCCAAAUUCCUGUACUGGCUGAUGGACACCUAUGUUGCAGAUCUCCUCCGAUCUUUCUUCUAUAUUACAGAGACCAUGUUUCAAAAGAACUUACUUUUUUUCUUCAGAAAGUCUGUUUGGAAUGAGCUACAGAAGAUUGGUGUUAGGAACCAUCUGACCAAAGUGCAUCUUCGUGUUUUGUUAAAGGAAGAGAUAGAAAUUCUGCAGAAGAAAAAGUGUGUUCCUCUGGCAUCAAAACUCCGGUUCAUUCCCAAACAAAAUGGGCUUCGACCUGUGGUCAAGCUGAAUAGUGUGGUAGGAGCUGACACAUUCUGCAGAAGGGGUAGAGACAAAAAGAGUCUAUACUUCAACAUACAACUUAAGAACUUAUUUAGCGUUCUCAACUAUGAACGAAUCAAGAAUCCUACCUUGCUUGGCUCUUCAGUAUUUGGAAAAGAUGAGAUGUAUGCCAUGUGGAAGCAGUUUGUUUUGAAGGUUUUAGAGACACAUGCUGAAAUGCCUAGAUUCUACUUUGUGAAGGCUGAUGUCAGUGGGGCUUAUGAUACUAUCCCCCAUAAUAAAUUGGUAGAAGUCAUUUUGCGGGUCCUUGCUCCAAACAAAAAGACCAGCUACAACAUCCGUCGCUAUGCGGUGGUCAUGAAGACAAGAAAUGGAUAUACGCGGAGAUACUACAGGAGACAUGUAUCUACUGACAAGGCGUUUAUACCGGAUAUGAAAGAGUUCGUGUUUCACCUUCAAGAGACCACCUCACUGAGAAAUGCAGUAAUAGUUGAGCAGAGUGUUUAUUUGAAGGAGACCAGUUCCAGCCUGUGUGAGUUUUUUCUGCAAUUGAUCCGUAAUAGUAUUCUGAAGAUUGAGAACAGGUACUAUGUCCAGUGCUGUGGAAUCCCCCAGGGCUCCAUUUUGUCAACUCUGCUUUGCAAUCUCUGCUAUGGAGAUAUGGAGAACAAGCUACUCUGCGGUGUGCAAGAAGAUGGAAUGCUGAUGCGUUUGACAGAUGACUUUUUGCUUGUUACGCCUCACUUAAUGCAAGCGAAAACAUUUUUGAGAACACUUGCCAUGGGCAUUCCUGAGUAUGGCUUUGUCAUAAAUCCAGCUAAGACAGUGGUGAAUUUUCCUGUCGAUGAGGCGAUCCCAGGAUGCUCGGAGUUCAAGCAGUUACCAACUCAUACUGUAAUUCCAUGGUGUGGCUUGCUAAUUGAUACGCAGACUCUUGAAGUUUAUUGCGAUUACACCAAUUAUGCUUGUACAUCUAUCAGAUCGAGCCUCUCCUUCAACUCCAGCGUCAAAGCUGGAGUGAGCAUGAGAAACAAGUUGCUUGCAGUCUUACAACUGAAAUGCCACAGUUUAUUUUUAGAUUUACAGAUCAACAGUCUUAGGACAGUCUGUAUUAAUGUUUACAAGAUUCUUCUGCUUCAGGCCUACAGGUUUCAUGCAUGUGUUCUUCAGCUUCCAUUUAACCAACAGAUUAAAAAUAACCCUAGCUUCUUCCUGAGGAUCAUUUCUGAUACUGCUUCAUGCUGCUUCUGUAUUCUGAAAGCCAAAAAUGCAGAGAUUGCUUUUUCUCCUGCUGGAACUUCAACUCAGUUUACUUAUGAAGUGACUCAGUGGCUGUGCUAUCAUGCCUUCAGUAUUAAAAUGACAAAUCACCGGGUUAUUUAUAAGUAUCUUCUUACACCACUCAAACAAUGUAAAAUACAGUUGCUGCGGAAAAUUCCAGAAGCAACUAUGCAGCUCUUAAAGCAAGUGACGGCACCAUCACUGUAUGAAGACUUCAAAGUAAUCCUGGAUUAACUGCUUAUAGAUGUGCACUGCUUGAGGCUCACCUUCCACUUUAAAGUUUCCUAAAAUAGCUGCAUACCUGUGUUCAGAUUUUCUUUACAAAAUAGCUGAGAAUGUAGUGGACUUCUUUGAAUACUCUUUGCGUCAAGUCAGUGAUGAAACCCUGUCUUCAUUCACAUAAAUGAUGGGAAGCUACAGACCUGUUACAUACCAUGAAUACUGAUAGAUCAGACAUUGUAUCUUAGAGCAAGAGAACCGUGAUAGUUUGGUGCCUUCUGACCAGUAGCUCUUAAUGGAAGGAAGAUGGUUAGCUGUUGAGUCCAAAGUCAUGUUUAUUUGACACUAUUUUAUUAACACGCAAAGGGCCUUAAAAAUUUUUGGUUUAACAGAUGUGGAGUGUGUGUAUUCUAAACAGUUAAAAAAAAAAAAGCCUAUUUUUCUACAAUCCAGCAAUGCUGUGCUCUCUGUCCUAGAAAUAUAUCUAAAACAUUAUUUAUGGUUGCAGGUUUCUGUGUUCUGUCCUUCAAACCUGCUAUAAGUUGUCUUUAAAAUGUCACUGUGGCCCUGCCUGUAUUUGAGUAUUCAGUGCUGUAUUUACUUUUAUAAUAAUCAGUGUUGGACCCAUGUAGUUUCUAUUAAACCUGGCUGAGUCCUUCUUGGGAAAGAAGAUUAACAAUUCAGGUUAUUGUAUUAUUCUCAGUGAUAAUUUGUCUAUGCUGUUUUGGUGGUCUGAAUAAUAGAAAAGGUGACUUAAGAUUAGAUGUUUAUCCAUCAAUAAUAAAAGUGCCUUUCUGCUC